AUGGAGCUCUUCUGCUUAGCCGCACCUGAUGAAGUGGACUUGGAAAAGAUUUUGAGCGGAGAGCUUUGUCCACCACUUAGUCUUAGGGAUUUUCGUGUAUACACGAGAACCGUCGAACUCUCGGAAGAGAAUGUGCUAGCUCAUUUAGCAUUCACACGCUAUCGUGAAGGCUGUGAGAACGUAAGCAAGGCACUAAACAAAUCGGACCGAGGCCUCCUACAGUCUGUCCGCUCCUUAAUAUCUAUAUCAUCCACUGAUGGAGAUAUGCCAAUGUCACCAAUGUCACCAACAUUAUCAUCAGCAAAACCAUCUGUCGCUGGUCGAAUGCCACCUGCUUCAGCUCGAGCAAGUGCCGUGGUGCACGAACAGGCUGCUAGUCCUGACUCGCUAAUACCAGGACUAGAGUCUGGUACAGCGGUAGUUGAUGUUGAAAAGCCUGGUACUGGCAAGAAGAGGAAGGUGCCGACCAAUAUGUCCGAAUUGAUGUCUGAGGCAGAUUUCAUACUCAAUGAGUAUAUUGCCCAGGGUGCACCUCAAGAGCUGAAUCUUCCUUCUCAAAUACGUAAAAAACUGGUUGAUGAUAUUGGGACAGCUCUUGCACAUAACUCUCCACCAGAGCCUCAAGUUUUUGAUGAGGCGAAUAAGCAGGUCAAACACAUGAUGCGAGAAAACUCUGUACCCAAAUUCGUGAAGCGGGCUGCUCGAUCCAACAUAUCAGCAACUCAAACGAAAAUCAAUCGAUUCUCAGCACUACUUAUCGAUUUAGCAAUUGUUCUUUCCAUAUGUAUUCCCACUGCUUUGUUAGGCGCUCCUCGAUACCUCCGCUUCUUAUCAUACCCCUUCAUCGUACACGCCUUUUGUGCACUAUUUACAGUCCGAGACAACUUCUGCUUUUGGCAUGGCACGAAUGGAACGUAUGAGUUACUUGACGGUGGGAAUGUGUUUGUGAUGCAAAUUGCGGAUCCGUUGAUGAAGGCUUGGCAUAGUCGUAAACUCAGGACGUUGACCGGUGCUGCUGUUGCUUUUGCUCUACCUGUCACCUUGAUUCUGGUUUUCACUAUACCAUGA